AUGGCCCAAAUUACCCCCUGUUGUCUUCCCAAGUUUGCCUCUGCCACUGAGCAGACGCAAAGACCUAUGUCCCUACGAGUCAGUCCCAACGCUGGCGACGAUGCUCGUUUGCUAUCUUCUUGGCGCAAUAACACGCUGAGCGCGGUCAUUCAGGCCGCAUGGGGACUGAUUCUCAGGUGUUAUAUGGACUCGGGCGAUGUCUGUUUCGGCUAUCAGUUCAUUGCCGCGGGAGAAGAGGCGGUUACUAGGGAAGUAUCACCGAAUGCUAUGGAGCUGACCACAGUACGAUUAGUCAUUGGCGAUGGAGACUUCACCAGUACAAUUGUUGAGAAGGCCAAGGGAGCGACGGUUGCUGGAACUCCUACCAUCAUCGAAGGCCGAAAUGCCCUCGGUGACGGCUACCAGCUAUCUAACACCGUUGUGCUGAUCCGGUCUUGCGUGGGCAGCUUACAGGGGGCAGCAGUCCCGUCGCUCCCAUCUGCAUUGGCACUGACACUUCCAGAGCAGUGUCUUCUCCGACUUCACGUCAAAGUUCUCCGAGGGAAUGUGCGCAUAUUCCUCGAAUGGCGCAACGAUGGCAUGUCCAUGGAGCAUGUCAAAGGUAUUGCUGUUCUUUUUCAGAAUUUGCUAACCCGCGUUCUGUCGCCGGAGGAUAUACCAGUGGCAAACUUCAAUUACUUCACAGAGCCUGACUGGCAAAGGAUCAGCGCUUGGAACGGCCCUUCGCCCCAAGUGCAUGAUCGAUGUAUUCAUGAUAUUAUUCGAGAGCAGGUGGUCCGUCGACCACUUGAUGAAGCCAUCUGCGCCUGGGACGGAAGCCUCUCCUUUACGGAAUUUGACCGCCAGGCGUCGAAACUGGCGUAUCAUUUGCAGAAACAAGGCGUCGGCCCUGAGGUUUUAGUUCCUCUAUGUUUUGACAAAUCUAUGUGGUACUUCGUAGCCCUCCUGGCCGUGUUGAAAGCGGGAGGCGCCUUCGUCCCACUUGACCCUACCCACCCCCCGGCGCGCCUUCAGUCGCUUAUCCAGAAAGUCAACGCAAAACUUGUUCUCUGCUCUGAGUGGCAUGCAGACCGUCUCCUUGGCCUUGCCGAGGUUGUCAUUCCUCUCUCGCAGAUCACCCUCGAGAGAAUUCCCUCCGCACCGGUUGGCUUCAUUUCGUCAGACAGGGUCAACUGCACCAAUGCCGCAUAUGUUAUCUUUACUUCCGGAUCAACAGGAGAGCCAAAGGGGACCCUGCUCGAACACCGCGCCUAUUGCUCAAGUGCUAUGGCCCAUGGACCACGGCUGUUGAUUUCUCCGGACAGUCGCGUCCUACAGUUUGCAGCCUAUACAUUUGAUGCUAGCCUGGCCGAAUCAGUCUCACCGUUCAUGCACGGAGCCUGUGUUUGCGUUCCGAGCGAAGAUGACAGGCUGAACGAUAUAAUGGGGGCGAUCAAACGAUUACGCGCAAACUAUGCAUCGCUUACCCCCUCCUUCAUCGAAUUCCUGGAACCCUCAAUGGUUCCAGAAAUCAAGACGCUAAUUUUGGCCGGAGAGGCCAUGAGUGAAACGCACCGGGCCAAAUGGUCAACUAUCAACUUGGUCAACGGGUUUGGUCCGACUGAGGCUUCUGUGACAGCAGCCAUCAACUCUCACGUUACUGCAGAAACAGAUUGCAGAGAUAUUGGACUACCCCUCAAUACUCGCUGCUGGAUUGUCAAUCCUGAUGACCACAAUCAACUUGUGCCAGUCGGUGCUGUUGGCGAAAUGCUGCUGGAAGGCCCAACGCUGGCUCGGGGGUACAUCAACAACCCCGAGAAAACGAACGAGGCAUUCAUCUAUGAUCCUGAGUUCGUACUUCGAGCACUGACACCGGGUCAAAGCCGCCGUCGGUUCUAUAAGACGGGCGACCUCGUGCGUUACAACAGUGACUUGGGAUCAUUGACCUACAUUGGAAGAAAAGAUACCCAGAUUAAGCUGCACGGCCAGAGAGUUGAGCUGGGGGAGAUUGAAGGUUGUCUGAAUGCAGAUGAACUGGUCAAACACUGUGUUGUCUUCCUCCCGAAAGAGGGCUACGCUGCUGGGAAGCUUACAGCUGUAUUGUCAAUCAAGACCAGCGAGGAAAAGCAAGAGAAAACAGAACCGUUGCGCCUUCUCCCACCAGGACCUCCCAAGCAGCCUCUCACAGCACUUAGAGAACGACUAUCCGGACAAUUGCCCAUGUACAUGGUUCCCGCGGUUUGGCUCUUUGUUGAGAAUAUGCCAUUUCUCCCUUCUCGGAAACUGGACCGUAAGGGCGUUCUCCAGUGGCUAGCUCGACUAGAUAGAGAUCCCUACCGGACAGGGUCAACAACAAUAGUGGCUUCCUUCCAGGAUAAGCCUCUGAGUGAUGCAGAGCUCCAGAUUGCCCAGGUUUGGAGUCGGCUGCUCAAUAUCCCCGUCGAGGAGAUUCCACCGGAUGAAAGUUUCCUGAGACUUGGUGGCGAUUCGAUUGCAGCUAUGACUUGCAUGAACCAGUGCAAAAAGCAUGGGCUCACAAUGACCGUGCAGGAUAUCCUUCGCAGCUCCUCCAUUGGGGACCUCGCCUCUCGCACCAAAACAACCUCAACCCCCGCCCCCGUGAGCUAUGACGAAAGAGUCGAAGAGCCUUUUGACCUUUCGCCCAUUCAGGCUCUUCACUUCCAGGUCCGUCAAGAGGGCCAAGGGCACUUCAACCAGAGUAUCCUGACCAAAAUCAACCGACGUAUCGAUGCCACAACCCUCCGUCAAGCGGUAGAGACACUGGUAUUGAGGCAUUCUAUGCUGAGAGCUCGUUUCGAAGUAAUCGGCCCUGGAUCUGUGAUUCGACAGCGUAUAACAAACGAGGUUACAACUUCUUACCGUUGGGCGGAAUAUGAAGUCGAUUCGGAGAGUGCAAUAGACGAGUUCGUCGCGGCGAGUCAAUCGUCGCUCUCUUGCUUCACGGGACCCCUUCUCGCGGUUGACCUUUUUGAUGUAUCUGGGAACGCACAACUCCUAUCCAUGAUCGGCCACCAUUUAGUCGUUGAUAUUGUCUCCUGGCGAGUGAUUCUGGAAGACCUCGAAGAGAUUCUCACUAAUCCCUCCGGAUUGUCGUCCCUGAACACAUCACUACCAUUUCAUACCUGGCUUCACCUGCAAUCAGAGCAUAGCAAGACGCUUGAGCGGGAACAGCCAAAGCUGGAGAGCCUUCCAGCUCCGGACUUUGUCUACUGGGGGUUGACAAAGGAGCAGAUUGUCUACGGUGAUGUCAAAUGCGCGUCUUUCUCCUUGGACGAGCAACAUUCGUCGCUUCUUAUGGCCGACUGCCACAACAGCCUCUGUACUGAACCGGUCGACGUCCUGCUUGCCGCGAUGCUUUUCAGCUUCAAUCAGACCUUCCAGGACCGCUCUCUGCCUGUUAUUUACAACGAAGGCCAUGGGCGUGAGCCCUGGGAUACGUCGAUUGACAUCUCCCGGACUGUUGGCUGGUUCACGACUCUCUACCCCAUCAUAAUUGAGCAGACAACAGAUGCUAUAGAUGCAGUUAUCAGGGUCAAGGAUCGCCGUCGACAGGUUUCUGACAAUGGGCGCUCGGCCUUUGCGCGCCGGGUCCUUCCACAGCUGGGGGCUAGCUAUGUCCACGACUGCCCAAUGGAAGUCAACUUUAACUAUCUCGGCCAACACAGAGAUCUCCAGCGUACUGAUGGGCUCUUCCAGCUGGCUCAGAAAAUGGCUGGUGAGACUCGAGAGGGCGGCGGCUCAGCUGACUUUGGCCGCGAGACUCCUCGCUUCUCCCUCUUUGAGGUCUCCGCAGUUGUUGUAGGGGGUCAACUACGAUUUGUCUUCUCUUUCAGCGCGGCAAUGAAUCACCAGGAACGCGUUCAGAAGUGGGUGGAGUCUUGUAAGGAGACUCUACAAUUCCUCGCGGCCCAGCUACCUGAAUUGAAACCUCGACCAACCCUAAGUGAUAUCCCCUUAAUGGGAUUGACCUACCAAGAGCUCGCUUUACUGGAGACACAGACGCUACGUCGUUACGGAGUGCGCUCGUUUGAGCAGGUCGAAGAUAUAUACCCUUGCUCCAAAAUGCAGCAGGGUGUGCUUCUCAGCCAAGCCCGAGACCCCUUGCUUUAUACCGUCUCGGGAUCUUGGGAGGUCGAGCCAGCUCCUGCGGCGCCCAAGCCAGAUAUCCAGCGGUUAGCUGAUGCAUGGAAGAGAGUAGUAAAGCAUCAUGCCAUGCUACGUACUGUGUUUGCUACCGGGCUGUGUCGACGUCAACCCUUCAGUCAUAUUGUACUGAAGGACUACGACUCAUCCCCGGUCCUAUUGGAGUGCUCUCGGGAUGAGGACAUCCUGGCAGCGCUGGAAAACCAGCCACGCGCAGACUACCGCGCAAUCCGCCCACCGCAUCGUAUCACAUUCGGUCAGAGCGCGUCUGGAAAGGUUAUAUGUAAGCUCGAGCUUAGCCACGCUGCUAUGGACGGUACUUCCAUUUCUCUCCUGCUUCGUGACCUUCAGAGCGCCUAUGCGGAUACUCUCAAUGCGACAAGCAGGCCCAAAUUCAAAGAUUAUAUUGCGUAUUUGCAACGCCAGCCAGUUGAAAAAGGGAUCCAGCAUUGGUGCGAAUACCUAGCCGACCUAAAACCCUGUCGCCUCUCGCCAGAUGUCAGCAAUAUCCCUGGCAGGAAAAGUCUUCAAUCCAUCCGGCUGUCGUUCGAGAGAUACUCCAAAUUACAAUCCUUCUGCGCAAAUAACAACAUCACAGUGGCGAACGCAUUUAACGGCGCCUGGGCCAUGACUCUUGCUAACCUGUGUAAGGCAGAUGAAGUGUGCUUCAGCUAUACGGUCUCGCUGAGAGAUGCGCCAGUCCCUGGCAUCGAGUCUGUCGUUGGUCCCGCCAUGAAUCUGCUUGUUUGUCGCGCCAAAACAGGCUCGCGAAGCGCCAUGGAAGUUGUGCGUCAGAUUCAGAAUGACUAUAUGGAGAAUUACUUCUACAGGGAUAUCUCCCUGGUCGACAUCCAACACGCAAUGAAGAUCUCUCGGACAUCCCUUUUCAACACAGGUGUUUCCUACCGAAAGCUUCCUGCUGAUGAUGCUGUUGAUUCGUGCAUCACAUUCAAGGGUCUGGGACUCAUUCAUGAUCCCGCUGAGCUCUCUGUCUACGUUAACAUUGAAACUACUGAUUCUGAAGCGCAACUAGUGUUGAAUUACUGGAACAAUUGGCUCUCUGAUGCCCAAGCACAGAAUAUGGCGGAGGUCUUCCUGCAGUGUCUGGGAGAUAUGAUCAAUGUGCCAGUCUCAGAGUCCAGCAGCCUACCCGUUUUAGGGCCCCAGGAUAUCCAACAGAUAUGUCAGUGGAAUAAUUCCGAAGUUCGACUACCAACGACAUCCAUUUGUGCCGAAAUUGAGGCCCUUGCAUCGCAAACACCUCAAAGCAUUGCUAUCGCGAGCGAGACACUUCAAUUGAGUUACGCUCGACUCAAUGACCUAUCGUCGGCCUUGGCCAACUAUCUGACCAAUCUGGGCGUCUUGCCAGGUACCAAGGUUCCCAUAUCUUUCGAACAGUCGGAGGCCCUGUGGGCCAUUAUCUCCAUUAUUGCGACCUGGAAAGCUGGUGGCAUUUGCGUUCCCCUUGCGACGAACCCAGUAAAUGCAGAGCUCGAAACUUGGAUGAUGGCUGCUGAUCUUCAAGUGGCUCUAGCUUGUCCAGGCAGAGCGAUGUCCUUGGAGGAUCUGGCUCCGUACGUCAUUCCAGUUACCGACGAGCUUCUGGGGAGCCUCGAAAUCGACGUCUCAAAGUGGCAUCAAUUCGAGGAGUGCGCCUAUGUCGUAUUUUCGACGGACCCUAUGGACCCAUCGAAAGGCUUUCUUCUUGAUCAUGGCGCGAUCGCCGCCAGUUGCCGGUCAUUUGCGCGCUCCAUUUCCCUUGGUAUGUCCACUCGUAUGCUUCAAUGCGCACAUAUUUCGUCCUACGAGUUUGUCCUCGAAAUCUUUAGCACAUUGAGUCAGGGCGGCUGUGUCUGCAUUCCGCAGAGUAGCAGUCCAGCCGACUUGUCCAAGGCAGCUUGUGAGAUGAGGACGACCACUAUCCGGAUGGACCAGAGUCUGGCUACUUCUACCAAUCUUGCAGAUGCCUAUGGUAUGAGGCAGGUCGUCCUCACCGGUGAUGCGCUGCCGCUAGGUGUUGAGCAACUCAGGGUUCCGCAGGCUGCCCAAGUAUACUCCUACUAUGGUUCCGUCGAAUGUUCACCUACAGCCCUUUGCUGGUCCAAGUCCGGCAAUAUUUUGAUGCUGCAGCAAGCUCCGGGCACAAAAACUUGGGUCGUCGAUUCAUCCGAUCACAACAUUCUUCUACCCGUUGGCGCCACUGGAGAGCUUCUUAUUGAAAGUGAUGGACUGGCCCAAGGCUAUCUCUUCGACACUUCUGCGGAUGCCUUCAUUCAGGAUCCAGCCUGGAUAUCACUCGUAGUUUCCUCCGACAAGAGACCAAUUCGGCGAAUGUUCAAGACGGGUCUUCUUGUGCAAUAUGGCUCGGAGGGAUUGCUCAUCUUCAGAGGCCGUAACGGUCGCCUGGUCUGCCUGGGACCAGAAGAGAAAGUCCACAAUCACGUUUCAUCCGUCGGUACGACCGAUGCAGACUACUGGAAGAGUUAUCUGGCGGGAAUUGAACCAUGCCUCUUCCCGUCUCUCAGUAGCGAAUCUGGGGAGGUGGACGAGACGAGCAUUGCCCGUUUGGUGAUCGAGGGAGUUGAAGACCUGCGGCAAGCUUGCGAUCAGAGUGACAUUUCUCCAGCAGCCGUUGUACAGCUUACAUGGGGUAUCAUUCUCCGAUGCUAUACGGGCCUUCUUGAGGUCUGCUUCGGGUUCUCAGACUCUGACCAGGCCGGCCUUCUUCCCUUCAGCCUGUCCCUCAAGGACGAUCGGUCAAUCCAUACAGCGCUGAAAGAAAUCGACACUACUAUGAAGCACGCAGAGACUCGCCGACUGCCUCUCGCUGAUGUGCUUAAGAUGCGCCCCAUGCCCGAGUCCGAGCUCUUCAACACUGUUCUCUAUCUGAAUGAGCGCAAAGGCUCCUCUGCAAGACGUAGCUCCCACAUGAGAGGGCUCGGCAAGGAGACAUAUGCUGUGGCUGUACGGGCAGAAAUGUCAAAGAGUACAUGCGUGGUUGAAUUUUUAUUCUUGCGAAAUUCACUCCCGGAGGCCUACGCGGAUGCCAUCACCGUAUGCUUCGAAUCCGUCCUCGCCCAGGUCAGAGCUGCCAUGUCCAGCGAAAGCACUAUUGGGGAUAUUGACUUGCUGGACGAGUUUACUGGUGCUUUGAUCGGCGAUUGGAACCGCAGCCUUCCCAAUCGGUGUGAGCGCUGUGUCCACGACCUCAUCCAGGAGCAAGCCCAGCGUCUGCCCGCUUCAGCCCAGGCAAUCUGUGGCUGGGAUGGCAACUUCACAUACUCGCAACUAGAGAUACUGGCGACCCGCCUUGCACAGCAUCUCCAACGACUGGGUGUUGGGCCUGAAAGCUUCGUUGCACUCUGCUUCAACAAAUCUGCCUGGGCCAUUAUUGCUCAGCUCGCAGUGCUUAAAGCAGGCGGAGCGUUCGCUUCUUUGGACCCAGUCCAUCCAGCUAGCCGGCUGCGAGCUCUCGUCGCUGACCUGGGUGCCAAGAUUGUUUUGACCUCUAGUGCCUGUUUGGACAAGGCCUCUAACCUGGGGGCGCAGCCAUUUGUGGUAAGCCAGGCAAGUGUUGAACAAUUGCCUCUUGGUGGGCAUGAUACAAGCCUCCACGAAGCCAGGCCUUCCAACGCGGCGUACGCCAUUUUCACAUCAGGCACGACGGGUAUGCCAAAAGCGACGGUUAUACAGCACACGGCACUUAGCACAACCUCUCUCCAGCUCGCCAAGUAUCUUGGACUUGACUCUAGCACGCGAACGCUGCAGUUCUCCAGCUAUACUUUCGACGUCAGUGUGCUCGAUAUUCACGGAACGCUGAUCAAUGGUGGCUGUGUGUGUGUUCCCAGCGACAGUGAGCGGGUAAAUGACAUAUCUGGUGCUAUCCGCCGGAUGGGCGUCACGCACUGGAACAGUACACCAGGAAUAGCGAAUACUAUCAAUCCCAAGACCGUCCCGUCCCUGGCCACACUUGUUACAGGAGGCGAGAAAAUGUCCCCGGGCCACAUUGAGCGCUGGAGCGACCGAGCUGUGAUCAACGCGUACGGGCCCUCGGAAGCAACAAUCAUCGCAACCGUCAGCAUCAAGGUCGAUAGGCAGGGUAACCUCUCUAAGGAGAGCCGCAGUUCUAUUGGAAAGCCGGUCUGUGGCCGAGCCUGGGUUGUUGAUCCGUACAAUCCUCAGCGUCUCCUGCCAUUGGGGGCGGUAGGGGAACUUGUCCUUGAAGGCUGCAACGUUGCGAGGGGCUACUUGAACAACGAGGAAAAGACGGCCAAGGCCUUUAUCGAGCAUUUAGGGUUGCCUGACAAUGAAUUGCUCAAAGAGCCGCUCGCUGUUCAGGAGCGCAUGUAUCGCACAGGUGAUCUUGUCCGGUACAAUUCCGAGGGGACCUUGACCUUCAUUUCCCGCAUGGAUACUCAGGUUAAGCUGAAUGGCCAGCGUAUUGAACUAGAGGAGAUAGAGAUCCAGUGUCGUCAGGCUCUGCCAGAAGACAGCCACGUCGUCGUGGAAAUUAUCGCGCCAAAGAGCAAGACUGUUCGAAGCCUGGCCAUCUUCUUCUGUACUCCUGAAUACGCCCUUGAAACCGCAAGCCAUGAUCUGCUCUUGGACAUAACUCCAGCUCGAAUUCGCACGGCUGCCCAUGUUAGGAGACUAGUCCAGGAGAGUUUGCCUCUCUACAUGGUUCCCAAUUUUUUCUUCCCAGUAAAGCAGCUGCCAUGCAACACGUCAGCCAAAAUCGAUAGGCGGCGACUGCGCGCAAUGGCCGAGGACCUUUCCAACGACCAGCUCAAGGCCUACUCCUCGUCCGUCUUCGACAAUGUGCCGCGAGAGACCGUUCCGGACAGCUCGCAGUCUACAAGCCCCAGUCUAGGCCCAACCCCCUUGACAUCGGAACUCAGCUGCCGGUCAAGUGUCAGUUCAAACUCUGAUAUGGCAGAGAAGUCUACUUCAGUGACACAGGGUACCGUUCAGUCUAGACUGCAACUGUUAUGGAGCGAGGUUUUGGGGGUUGAUCCCAGCUCGGUGAAUGCGGACGACAGCUUCUUCGGUCUCGGCGGUGACUCCUUUACAGCCAUGAGUCUUGUGAGUGCAGCUCAGGACGACGGACUUACUCUCAGCGUUGCAGAUAUUUUCCAAUUCCCUGUGCUGGCGGAUAUGGUCAAGUGUUGCCAGGUCACUGUUGCUACUGAGACGCUCACCCCGUCUCCCUUCUCGCUCUUGCCCAACAAUACCAACGUGGACGAACUGCUGGACGAGGUAGCCAAUACUUGCGAAGUUUCGAAAGCCUCUAUUUGCGAUAUCUACCCUUGUAGCGCGCUGCAAGAGGGGCUUAUAACAGCGUCAAUCCAGCAGCCGGGGGCUUACGUCGCCACUCCAGUUUUCAAGCUUUCGCGACAUAUUGACAUCCCAGCUUUCAAGGCAGCGUGGCAGAAAACUGUCGACGAAACUGAGGUCCUGCGAAGCCGAAUCUUGCACACGGCGACUGCCAAUUUCGUGCAGGUCGUCCUAAAGCCUUCACCUAUCAAGUGGGAGCAAGAUCCUAGCCGAGUGGCCACAGCAGCCGGCGGUGCCCUAACCGGUUAUACCAUUGCAGAGAAGGGCGGCGUACGCUCCUUUACUUGGUCAAUCCAUCAUGCUCUCUACGACGGCUGGAGUGUUGCCCUAAUCCUUCGCAAGGUGGAGGAGAAUUAUGGAAUCUACCGCAACUUCAUUGGUCCUUCUACGUCUGAUCCAGGAGUGCCUUACAGUCUCUUUAUCGACCAUCUCCAGAAACGGAAUUUAGCGGCAUCUGAUGAGUUCUGGCGAACAUAUCUCUCUAAUAUGUCCUCUCCUGCAUUCCCUGCCAGCAAAAGCGCACUCCCCAAGACAAUCAAUGCGUCAAGCCGACAAUGCGCCACCGCGAACGUCAGCCCUGUACGGAAGGACAUCACCCUUCCCGCCAUGAUCAGAGCUGCCUGGGCUAUUGUCCUUUCCAUGCACACAGAGUCGAGCGACGUCUGCUUUGGGGAAACCCUAAUGGGACGCAAUGUUGAUCUGGUCGGCGCCACGAAGAUCGCUGGUCCCUUGCUCACUACCGUGCCAACCCGGGUUGCUGUUGACUCCAGUAUAAAGAUCACGGAGUUUCUUGACCAAGUCCACCGGACUGCCGCGAGAGUUAUUUCUCACCAGCACGCUGGUCUGCAGCAAAUACGGAAGCUCAACGAAGAUACGGCCGCCGCCUGCGAUUUCCAAACCCUUCUUGUCAUUCAAUCCGCCGAACCGCAGCUAAACGCCGACAUUUGGACACCGCAAAGCACUGAGACAAAUCAUGAGUUCUUUACUUACCCUCUGACAGUUGAAUGUCGACUGGCUGACUCGGUUGAGAUUACCUCCUAUUUCGAUGACCGCGUGGUUGCCCCCUGGAGAGUUCAGCGGCUCCUUGGCCAAUUCACAGUCAUCCUUAGCCAGCUGACGACAACUACAACAUCUGACAACAGGCUUCUCUCCGAUCUCGAGGUAGUCUGCGCGGAAGAUAAAAAGGAUCUGUUGACAUGGAACCGAGCUGCUGCACCAUGCGUGGAACAUACCAUUCAUGACCUUAUCAAUGAACAGCGCAUACGGCAACCUGACGCACCGUCUGUAGCUUCUUGGGAUGGGGACCUGUCGUAUGCAGAACUUAUGGACCUCGCUUCUGGGUUUGCAGGCCACCUCUCGGAGCUCGGCGUCGGGCCUGAAGUCCUGGUCCCCAUGUGCAUGGACAAAUCUAUGUGGAUGAUCGUCACCAUCAUGAGCAUUCUCAUUGCAGGCGGCGCCUUCGUGCCCUUAGAUCCGGCUCAUCCAGUCUCGAGACAUGAAGAAAUCCUGGAGGAGACUGGUGCCAAAAUUGUCCUCUGCACGCCAAAAUACUGCUCUCGGUACACGGGUAAAGUGCCCACAGUACUCGGCGUUGACGAACCGACAGUGUGCCAUUACCGAGCAAAACGUGUUUCCCUUCAAGGAUCAGCGACGAGUACAAACGUUGCGUAUUCGAUUUUCACUUCUGGAAGCACUGGACGACCGAAGGGCAUCAUCAUCGAGCACCGCGCAUUUGCCAGUAGCACUAUGGCUUACGGUCCCAUUAUCCACCUAAAGCCAGGUAUUCGAGUUUUCCAGUUUGCCUCGCUCACUUUUGAUGCUGCAGUUAUGGAAAUACUUGGGACACUGAUAUAUGGUGGCUGUGUCUGUAUUCCCAGCGACGAGGAGCGUCUUAAUGAUAUUGCCGGAGCUAUAAGGCGACUGGACGCCUCCUGGCUCUUCUGCACUCCGUCCCUCGCCAGCAUUAUGGAGCCGGCUUCUGUACCUUCCCUCAAGGUCAUCGUCUGCGGUGGUGAGAUGAUGUCCCAUGAAGCCAUGACCAAAUGGUCUGACAAGGUCCAUUUCAUCAAUGCUUAUGGCCCAACCGAGACUUCUGUAUAUGCUACCUUCAACCCUGAAAUUGGCAGAAAUCGGAACCCGGCAAACAUCGGUAGAACUAUACCUUCCACUCUAGCUUGGAUUGUGGACCCCAGUAACCAUGACCGUCUUUACCCUGUGGGUGUGGUGGGCGAGCUUGCGCUGGAAGGACCGGUCCUCGCACGGGAGUACUUGAAGAAUCCCGAUAAGACAGCCAAAGCUUUCAUUACCAACCCAAAGUGGGCGCAGAAGACUUAUCCUGGUGCGCCUGAUCGAAGAAUCUACUUGACAGGAGAUCUUGCCCGUUUGGCAGCAGAUGGGUCCUUGGAAUAUGUCGGCCGCAAGGACCACCAGGUCAAAUUGCAUGGGCAGCGCAUGGAGCUAGGCGAGAUCGAAUACAGGCUCCACGAACACCCACAUGUCCGCCAUGUAGUGGUCCUGUUUCCCAAGAGUGGACGCCUGCAAAAACGACUUGUCUGUAUCCUCUCACUCAACAGUCUCUCGAGUGAGACUAGUCUUAUUUCCUCCGCUCAAUGCUCCCUGGUUGAAGAAGAAGCCAUGCAGAACCAGGGUAUGACAGAACUGAUGGAGGUGCAAGCCAGCCUUGAAAGCCAACUACCGCCUUAUAUGGUACCCCAGACUUGGGCUGUCAUCAAGACGCUCCCAAUGCUUGUCUCGGGGAAGAUCGAUAGGAAGAAGAUUACGGCGUGGGUGGAAGCAGUCGACGCAGCGACGUACAAUCGGAUCAUGAGUGAUUAUGACAAGAUCAAGCGAGGUGAGGUUUCGGUGCCUAAGAGACUGCUUGAGCCAAAGCAGAAUGACACAGAGUCUGUUCUGCGCGACAUCCUUUCUCGCGUAUUGAAUAUCCCAGCCCAAGAGGUGGAUCUGAGUAGAUCUUUCACGAGCCUAGGUGGCGACAGCAUUACAGGAAUGGGGAUCGUUUCCCAUGCUCGCAAGCUGGGAAUCAACCUAUCACUGCACAAGAUUCUCCAAGCAACCUCUGUCAGAGAUCUCACGAAAGAUGCAGAACCAGAGGCUGGGAAGGUCAGCCAGAGCGAACAAGCCAAUACCUGGUUUGAUUUAUCAGCCAUUCAGAAGUUCUAUUUCCAGUAUGCUACCCAGUACAAAGGAUCUGCUCGCUUCAAUCAAAGUAUCACCUUGCGAUUGUCUCGCCAUGUGGAACCGGCGGUCAUUGAAAAUGGCCUCAGGGCGAUUACGAACAAGCACGCAAUGCUCAGGGCUCGGUUUAGGAAUUCGAACGGCAUUUGGGAGCAGAUGGUCAUGGCACCCGGUACUGAAUCUUACAAAUUUCAAGUAACUAGUUUCCAGGAGCAGAAUGGCCUCGAGCGAAUGAUUGCAGUCACUCAGAACACAAUCGAUAUUCAGAAUGGCCCAACAUUCGCUGCUCACCUCUUCGAAGGGCAUGGUGUCGACCAAAUCCUUUUCUUGGUUGCCAGCCAUCUCUGCGUGGAUAUGGUCUCAUGGCGUCUCAUUCUACAGGACUUUGAGGAGUAUCUAAAAACCGGCUCUCUAGCAACUGAAAGGCCGUUCUCUUUCCAGAGCUGGUGCAGUAUGCAGAUUGAACACUGCAAGGCCAACAAUUACCAGAGCCAUCUCCCCUUCAGCGUCGUACCUCCAGACUCCACGUACUGGGGCAUGAAUGAUCUGCCGAACUACUACGGUGACGUCCGAAUCAAGAAGUUCUCCUUUGGACAAAAGGAGACGGCUCUGGCGCUGGACAAAUGCCACCAGCGUCUCCGGACCGAACCCCUAGACCUAUUCCUCGCAGUUAUCAUGCAUUCAUUCCGACGGACGUUCACCGAUAGGUCAUUACCUACGUUCUACAACGAGGGACACGGCAGGCAGACAUGGGAUUCUAGUAUAGACUUGUCAGGAACUGUCGGGUGGUUUACUUCCAUCUGCCCUCUCCAAGUACAACCUGAGUCCAACGAUAUACUUGAGACUCUGCGGAUGGUGAAAGACGCCCGACGAAAGACUAUCAACCAUGGCACCUCUUACUUUACUCAAACGAUCCUCUCGCCUGAGAACCAGCCGGCGUCUCCAUCAAUGGGUCUUCCCGUGGAGGUUGUCUUCAAUUUCCUCGGGAAGCUGCAGCAGCUUGAAAGAGAAGAUUCUCCGUUCCAGCACUACGGCAAGUUGUAUGACGAAAAUGACUUCAAGCUGGCCGGAGACAUGGGGCCUCAAACUCCACGCUUUGCGCUGUUCGAGAUCUCCGCAAUCGUUCUCCAGAACCAAUUGCAAUUCUCUUUCACAUACAACAGGAAUAUGCGGCUUCAGGCUAAGAUUAGCAGCUGGAUUUCGGAAUGCGAAAUGACGAUGUAUGAGGCUCUAGACAUCCUGCAGCAGCCAGCUCAGCUUGAGGUGAUGCCCUCCGACUACCCCUUGCUGUCAAUCUCCCAGAACAGCCUGCAGACUCUCUUCAACAAUACUCUCCCCAGACUGGGUAUCCACAGCCGGGAUGAGGUUGAAGACAUUUAUCCAUGCUCUCCGAUGCAGGAAGGCAUCCUGUUCAGCCAGCUUCGGGACCCCUCGGCUUAUAUACUGCAUACCAUCUUCGACAUCAGGGACAACCGAAAUAACCAGCCAAUCAACGUCCCUCGACUACGGAAGGCGUGGCAAAUGGUGGUUAAUCGGCACACAAUUCUUCGAACCAUCUUUGUGGACAGUAGCUCGAAGAACGGGUCCUUUGACCAAGUGGUCCUGAAGCACCUCCAUGCCGAUCUUGUAGAACUCGACUGCGACGGCUCCAAUGUGCUCGAGCAGCUAGACAAGGUCUCGCUCGAGCAGACCAACCACAAGAGACCGCUCAAGAAACUCCAUCAGCUCACCGUGUGCAAGGGCCCCGAUGGCCGCGCUGUCAUGAAGCUUGAAAUGAACCAUGCAAUUAUCGACGGCGCAUCCGUUGGCAUUCUCCUAAGGGACUUCUCGUUAGCAUACGAACGCCAGCUUUCAUCCGAGCCAGGGCCACGGUACCGCGACUAUAUUGAAUACAUGCGCACAAGUCCCUUGAAAGAAGGAAAUAAUUUCUGGGCGCAAUAUCUAUGUGGCACCCGGCCUUGUCAUCUCCCAACAUCCAGCAAUGGACCCCGGGAGCUCAGGUCUGUGAAGAUGGACUUCCACCGUUUCGCCGAAUUACGUCAAGUAAGUCGACGUGAAUCCGUCACCGUUGCCAAUUUGGUGCUCGCAGCAUGGGCACUCGUGCUACGAGAGUUCACUCGCACCGAAGACGUAUGCUUUGGCUACCUCUCCGCGGGACGCGAUGCCCCGGUCCCUGGAAUGCAGGACGCGGUGGGUAUUUAUAUUAACAUGCUGUGUUGUCGUGUUCAAUUCACACCCAGCCAAUCCUUUGCCGACAUCUACAGGAAGGUCCAAGCAGAUUUUUUCCGCAGCAUCCCCUAUCAGACCUGCUCUCUAGCAACAGUCCAGAACGAGCUCGGCCUAGGGGGUCAGAUGCUGUUUAACACAGCCCUUUCGAUUCAAAACCAAAUGCCAUCGGCCAGUUCAAGGAACUCUGGGUUGUCUUUUGACACUCUUAAAGCGUACGACCCGAGCGAGUUUCCCGUAACGGUGAACGUGGUAACAGCUCAAGGAGGCGAAGGGAUCCUCGUCCGGUAUUGGUCCGAUGCCAUUUCGACCGACCAAGCAAAUCGAUUGGUAGCGGGCAUUGCCAGAGUCUUCGUGUCCUUUAUUGAGAGUCCAUCUGGGUCAAUCUCCAGCCUGCAGGAACCCAAUGGUAGCCUUCCCCCAAACCAGCAGGAUGACGAUCUCCGCUCUCGAAUUAGCCUGCGUAGACAAAGCAGUGUGAGGUCUCGAAGCUCGAAGCUAUCCAUCAAUGACCCCCGAAUCCAGCAGCAGAUUGAUGAACGCGUCAACGAGAUACUGAGUCAAAUCCUCAAGAAGGAGGACUUGGCAGCCGUUCAGGAAACGGAACAAUGCCCGGUUUCCCCAGACGAUGCAAAGAGCUUUGCCAGCGGAAACGAGUUCCUGAAGCCGCCCGUUUCCCCUGUCUCUCGAAUGACAUCAAUCCGCCGUCGCUUUUCCACCAUUUCUCGCGCCAGCCGCCGCCGCAUGUCGUCAGACUUGGAGAGGAAGCUCCUGCUUCUCUGGUCCACUGCUUUGGAUGUACCUGCCGACAUGGUGGAUAAGCAGGAUAGCUUCUUCCGUGUUGGUGGAGACAGUAUCAAAGCCAUGAAGAUGGCGAGUGCUGCCCGAGAGGAAGGGCUUGUGCUUACCGUUGCUGACGUCUUCCGCAACCCCAUCUUUGAAGACAUGCUGGCGGUCAUUUGCUCCACAAACAUUGUCCACGCAGCCCCUGUAGCAACGAAGGAGUCUAUUGAAGAGGACGAAUUCCAGGCUCAGCGGGUAGACGAGAGCGCGGACGAGCUCAGCAUCUCAGGCAGGGUGAUAUCCAGCCAGUCUCUACAACUGGCCCACAACCCAGAAAUCGAGUCAGACGUUCUUCAGUCCGAUAUCUGCCCCAAAAUCGGCUUUUUCAAGGGGGGAAUUGCGGAUGUCCUUCCAGUAACGGACUUCCAGGCUCUGUCUUUAACCGCACAAUUGUUUGAAUCCCGGUGGAUGCUCAACUACUUCUAUCUCGAUGGGGAAGGCCAGCUUGACGUCAAACGCCUCCGAGAAAGUUGUGCCCGGGUUGUGGAUGCGUUCGAUAUCCUGCGAACCGUCUUUGUAUGCUCUGGGGACCACUUCUAUCAGGUCAUUCUCAAGAAGGUCCGGCCAUCCAUCGUCAUAUAUGAGACCCAUACCGAUCUAGACACGUUCACUACCAGCCUUCAGCAACGGGAUCGCGAUCAGGGUCUUCGCCAAGGCGAGCAGUUCGUUCAAUUCAUUCUAGCGAAACGCAAAGGGACGACCCAGCACCGCCUCCUUAUUCGACUCUCCCAUGCCCAGUACGAUGGAAUGUGCAUCUCCAAGAUCCUCGAUGCCAUCAAGCAAGGAUAUGAAGGCGGCACUCUACCUCCUACGAUGUCUUACGCUAAUUAUAUGCGCCUGCUUCCAAGUUCAAUCACCCCGGAACACUAUGGAUAUUGGACAAAGCUCCUGCAGGGCUCUAGAAUGACGGACGUUGUCUGUAGAGACCAUCCAAACACAUAUCAGACGAUGGGCACUUAUGCAGAAGUUCGGACGACGAUCAAUAUCUCUCAGAACUCCACCAUCCGCAACAUUACCGUUGGCACCCUAGUUCAGGCCGCUUGGGCUCUGGCGCUGGCCAAGCUUUCUGCUGAUGCUGACGUUGUCUUCGGCUUGACUGUUAAUGGACGCAAUGCAUCCAUUCCUGGGGUUCAAGAUACUGUCGGGCCCUGUUUGAAUAUGAUCCCCGUGCGAGUUGUCUUUGGCAAUAAAUGGACUGGUCUUGAUCUCAUCCGCUACCUCCAGGAUCAGCUAGUUGCGUCCAUGCCGUACGAGUCUCUUGGCUUCCGUGAGAUUAUCCAACGAUGCACCGACUGGCCUUGCAGCACAUACUUCUCUACUGCUCUUCUUCACCAGAACGUCGAGUACGAGGGUCACAUAGACCUCGACAAUCAGCAGUAUCGUGUCGGAGGAGCCGGAGUCAUUGACAACCUUGCUGACUUGGCCCUGGUCUCCAAAUCUGUUUCUGCUGAUCAAAUUAGCCUCUCGCUCGGCUACUCCUCCAAGGGUCCUAUUACGGAAGCGUUUGCAUCGAGAGUUCUCCGUUUGGUGUGCGAUGCGGUGAUAACUCUCACGUCGAACCCCAUGGCUCAGCUUCCUUCACCACAAACCCUCCGCGCCCUACCACCCCAGACAAUCCCAGAUUCGCCGCGUGUCUCAGACCAGCAGCUCCUAACUUCACAACUCAAGAGCCAAAAUAUCUCCGAUAUCCUUGUGCACUCGGCUAUCCUCAGCCGGACCUGGCAACAGGUGCUUCCAAGCAUGUACUCGAAUCAAAAAACAUUCCAACUUGAUACAUCCUUCUACGACCUAGGUGGCGACCUCUUUGCCCUUGGUCAAGCUACUUGGCUUCUUCAGCAGGAGGGCUACCAAGUUCGAAUUGAGGAUCUCCUGGCCCGUCCCACCUUCUUGGGACACAUGGCCGUGUUAGCUCAGGAUGUCCUGGGCCAGACCUUCCAGGAAGAUCUCACGAACACGAGCCAGGAUGAAACCUCAACACCGGUAGGGAAAUCAGAGAAGAAGGUGCGGUGGAAGAAGGCAUUUGGAUUGAUGGGCAAGUUCUCGAAGCGGGAGUCAGUCUCGUCUUGA